AUGGAUGCUAACAAUGAAGAAUUUCUUCAAGCAACGCAAGAAAGAGAACAGAUGAAGCAUGAUGGCAUUGACGCAUAUAUUCAAGGAGUUAGUAAAGAAUUUUUGCGAAACAAUAGCUGGGAUUCAUUUGAACCACUCGAAAUUGCUGAAGCAUCACUUGAAGCUGCUAUUAAAAAGACUAACUUUGCUGGUGAAGAUGACCAAACUCAUCGUUUCCGGCAAUUUUUAUCCAUCGCAACUAACUUUUCUUCGUUACCAUUUGCUGAAAAGUUGUAUCGAAUUCCAGAGUUAGUAGAUAGUAUCAAACAAUUACUGGAAAAUAUGAUGAAAGAAGUUCAAGAAUACAGUGAUAUGGCAAAUGAACUUCGAGAUCUUAUUCAAUGUUUUGUUCGAAUGGUAAUGCAAGCAAAGCACAAUAUCAAUAUGAUGCUUCCUAUACUUACCGCUGCAAAAACUCAAAUGACCAUCGUUCACGAAGUUAUGAGUAUAGAUCCAACUCAGACACUCAAUCAAAUCGAUAAAAAAGAUAUUGAACUUGCAUUGAAUCGAAUGUCAACUGGAAUACAAAACUUACUCAACUUAGCUAAAUUAUCAACAGCAGAAAGUCAGAAAUUGGACGAACGCAUACACAAUAUGACUAAUUCAGUCCAAUCGAAAAAAGUCAUCGUUGAGGAACGACUAGAAGUAGCUAAUUUUUGCUUUAAAUAUUCUAUGCCCGUCAGCUCUCUUACAGCAGGAACUGCAGUUGGAGGAUUGAUCGGAACCGAAGCAUUUGGCGGUGUGGGCGCGUUAGUUAUUGCUGGAACGGCUUUUCCUCCGAUAGCUGCCAUCAUCGGUGCAUGUAUUAUAGGUGGAGUUGCUGCUGGUAGUGUCAUUAUUUUGGUGAAAAAAUUUUGGGCUCGUCAUCAGUUAAAAGCACUUAACUAUUUGGAAAAAAUAUUUGAAGGUUUAGUUCAAUUAAAUUCAGCAAAUAUGCAUUUCAUGCGUUAUAUGGCGGAUACUGAAGAAAAAGCCAAUAAAGUUUCAGAACAUAUUCAAGAUAUUCAAUUAUGCUUAGAGAGUGAAAGACAACGUCGAGCAAAUCGUGAUGUCUGUAUUGUAGCUAUUGAUUCAACAGCAGCAAUGAUAGAAAGUCUGGAACGAAUAUCUACUCUAGACAUAUCAGAAUGGACAGAUACGUCUAAUAUUAUUAGUUUUUCGAAAACUAAAGCUAUAAUGAACUGA